GAGAGAGAGAGAGAGAUUUGAGGAACCUAUGUUGGGGUUGUGCAAAUUCUAGAUAGUUGAAAAGUUGAAUCUUUUGUUCUUUGUUUUUAUUUUUCUUUUUGGUUGAAUGAGAAUUCUCUUUCAGCAGGGAGCGAUUUCGGUUAUCAAUUCUCUGGGAGAAUAGAGUAGAUUGGAAUUUUUUGAGUUCCAGAGAAAGAAUUAUUUUGUGGGUUUGAGAGGUUUUUUUUUAAUUUUUAAUUUUUGGGUAAUUUAGUUUUGAGAGAUUUUGAUGAUUAAGUUUCUGGGUUGUUUGAAAUGGGGGCUGUAGUGGAGAGAGAAUUCCCAAUAGUUGAGAAAGAAAGUUGACUUUUUUGGCUUGAAGAGAGAGAAAGUUGAAUUGGGUAGUCUUGAGUUUCGGUUCCAUGUGAUUUUCUCCAUAGAAAGGAACACUGCUUUAGUAGAGGAAAGAAAGAGUCUUUUAAGAGAGAAGCUGUAAGGUUACUUUUUAAUUAUUCAACCAUUCUGCAUCUAUUAGCAUGGCUGUGGUGUGUCCUAUGUUUGCAAGUCCACACAGCUUCAGUUCUGUGAACUCGUUUAGGGAUAUUGGGGUCCCUGAAGUCAUGACCACAGUGAGAGAAAUUGUAGAGGAGCCCAAUCCAAUUGGGGUCCCUGAAAUCAUGACCACAGUGAGAGAAAUUGUAGAGGAGCCCAAUCCAAUUGUGGUUAAUGACACAAUAUAUGUUGCUGUGGCAAAAAAUUUGAAAGAUAGCAAAUCAACUCUGUUAUGGGCUAUACAGAACACUGGAGGAAAGAAGAUUUGCAUUCUUCAUGUUCAUGUGCCAGCAUCUAUGAUCCCCUUGUUGGGUGCUAAAUUUCCAGUAAGUGCACUGAAAGAGCAGGAAGUUCUAGCAUACAGGGAAAUUGAAAGACAAGACAUGCACAAGACUCUGGAUGACUAUGUUCUUACCUGUCAAAAAAUGGGGGUGGUGGCAGAGAAACUGCACAUUGAAAUGGAUUGCAUUGAAAAAGGAAUUCUAGAACUCAUCUCCCAAUAUAACAUACAGAAUCUUGUAAUGGGAGCAGCCACUGAUAGGUACUAUUCUAGGAAAAUGACAGACAUCAGAUCUAAGAAAGCCAUCUAUGUAUGUAAACAAGCUCCACCUUCUUGUAAUAUACAAUAUAUCUGCAAAGGGAACCUUAUACACACCAGGGAUUGCAGUUUGUAUAGUGGUAAUGUUGAGGUCAUGUCUCCUUUGGUGCAUCAAAUGCCAAAUUCGGAAUCUCAAUCUAUUACAUCAACACCAACAUCACCAGUAUCCCAAACUAGUCGGGGUCGGCGGUCUCAAUCUAUUGCGGUUGGGCAAAAUCAUUGGGUAUUACUAGCUAGUCCAGCUCAAAUGUUAUUGCGUAGAGUAAGGUCUAUCAAUGAUAGAUAUGGAAGAAGGAGCAAUGCAGCUGUUUCUCCGGAAGGGUUAGCAACUCCAGAGAACAGGUUGAGUUAUGAUGAGUCAGAUGAGUUAUCAAGAUGGAGUUCUUCAGUUUUCUCAGUGUGCUCUGAUAGUGCUUCAGUUGAACCAGUAAUGACCCCAAAUUUGAUUAGUGAAGGCAGUGAGAAUGUGUUAGACUUGAGUUUGAGUGGUCUUUCUAUGAUUAAAGAGGAUCUUCAUCAUUCAUCUUCAUCACCUCCUAGUGUACUGCAGGAUGGGGGAAUGGAUGAUACUCUCUAUGAUCAACUUGAACAGGCUAUGGCUGAGGCUGAGAUUGCUAGGCUGGACGCAUAUCAAGAAACUGUUAGGAGGGGGAUAGCUCAAAAAGAUGCCAUUGAUGCUAUACGCAGGGCUAAGGCCAGUGAAGUCUUGUAUAAAGAAGAGCUGAAACUAAGGAAAGAGUUGGAGGAAGAAUUAGAGAAAGCAAAAGAACAAAUUGAUAAUAUGAAGAGCAUAAGAGACAAAGUUAUUGAGGAACACCAACUUGCACUAGAUCAGAAGUCAUCACUAGAAAAUCAAAUUGCAUCAACUGAACUUAUGAUAAAGGACUUGGAGGAGAAAAUGACAUCUGAUGCAGACCUAUUACAAAACUACAAGAAUGAACUAGAUGAUUUGAAAAUGCAGCGAGAUAAUGCUUUGAGAGAGGCUGAGGAGUUAAAGAGAAAACAAGGAGAGGCCUCGAGCACACAUUUUCUUCAACUCUUCUCAGAAUUCUCUUUUCCAGAGAUCAAAGAAGCAACAAGUAACUUCGAUCCAUCCCUAAAGAUUGGAGAAGGUGGAUAUGGAAGUAUAUUUAAAGGUAUCCUGCGUCACACUGAGGUGGCUAUAAAAGCGUUGAACCCCAAGAGCAAGCAAGGACCCUCGGAGUUUCAGCAGGAGGUUGAGAUAUUGAGUAAGUUAAGGCAUCCCAAUAUUAUCACACUUAUAGGAGCCUGCCCAGAAUCAUGGACUCUUGUCUACGAGUAUCUACCCAAUGGAAACCUUGAAGAUCGUCUCAGCUGCAAGGAUAAUACACCUCCAUUAUCAUGGCAAACUCGUAUUCGCAUUGCUGCAGAACUAUGUUCUGCUCUCAUUUUUCUCCAUGCCAGUAAACCUCACAGCAUAGUGCAUGGUGACUUAAAACCCUCCAACAUCCUCCUUGAUGCAAACCUUGUUAGUAAGCUUAGCGAUUUUGGAAUCUGUCGUGUAUUAUCUUGUCAAGAGAGUGCUGCUAACAAUACUACACAGUUUUGGAUAACUGAUCCAAAGGGAUCUUUUGUCUACAUGGAUCCUGAAUUCCUUUCUACAUGUGAACUUACUCCAAAGUCAGAUGUUUACUCUUUUGGAAUCAUACUAUUAGAAUUGUUGACUGGGAAACCAGGCUUGGGAUUAAAAAAGGAAGUGCAGUGUGCAUUCGAUGCCGGAAAGUUGAAAUCUCUCUUGGAUCCUUUGGCUGGAGACUGGCCAUUUGAGCAAGCUGAGCAGUUGACUCGCUUGGCUUUGAGGUGUUGUGAGAUUGAUAGAAAGAGCAGGCCAGAACUUCAUUCAGAUGUUUGGAGGAUACUUGAACCAAUAAGGGCUUCUUCUGGAGGCACAAACACCUUUGGACUAGGUUCUCAAGGGGUCUGCCAAAUUCCUCCAUAUUUUAUUUGUCCAAUCUUACAGGAAGUCAUGAGAGAUCCACAUGUGGCUGCAGAUGGUUUUUCUUAUGAAGCUGAGGCUAUACAAGAAUGGCUGAACAAUGGUAAUGACACUUCACCAAGGACAAAUGCUAAGCUUGAACAUCAGAAUGUUGUUCCCAACCAUGCUAUUCGCAUUGCAAUCCAGGAUUGGCUUCAAAGUCUCUGAUCAAGCAUGUCAUUUUGUUCUCUUCCCUUUUUGAUCAAACUGUAGAUUUGCUUGUUCAUAUUAAGUUUCUAGGAGAAAUAGUUUUCUUCCAUCAGUUUUUUUCUUUUACAGAUCUUUAAAAUAUGGAACCACCCGUCCUGUUGUAUAGGUUAGAUACUUAUGUGUUUGUGUAUCUUCAGUCAUUGUAAACAAGCAGCAUAUGAUGUACAUAUGACAAAACUGUAUCUUGUGUAGUUAUCUUUGGCAGGGCAAUGCUGUUGUCCAUCCUGAGAAAAAGAACUAUACCAAGUU